CAUCCCCCUCCGUCCUUGAUUCCCUCCCUCCGUCACAACCGCAAACAUGUCGGCCCCCGAAGCGAAGCCCCUGCCUUUCAUCUACCAAUUUGCGGCUGGUGCCGUGGCUGGUGUGUCAGAAAUUCUGCUCAUGUACCCGCUGGACGUUGUCAAGACUCGAGUACAACUUCAAACCGGAAAGGAGGUCGGUGAAGAAGCCUACAAUGGCAUGGUCGACUGCUUCAGGAAGAUUAUCAAGCAUGAAGGAUCUUCAAGGCUGUACCGCGGUAUCUCCGCGCCCAUUUUGAUGGAGGCUCCCAAGAGGGCCACCAAAUUUGCAGCAAACGACUCAUGGGGCGCCUUCUACCGCAACCUGUUCGGGCAGUCCAAGAUGAACCAGUCGCUCUCCAUUCUCACUGGCGCGACCGCCGGAGCGACCGAAGCUUUCGUCGUCGUCCCCUUUGAACUCGUCAAGAUCCGGUUACAAGACAAGGCGCAAUCGCACAAGUACAACGGCAUGGUCGACUGCGUGACCAAGAUUGUGAAGCAAGAAGGUCCCCUCACCCUCUACCAGGGUCUCGAGUCAACAAUGUGGCGCCACAUCCUGUGGAACGCAGGAUACUUUGGCUGCAUUUUCCAGGUCCGCGCCCUCAUCCCCGCCGCCACCACAAAGAAGGGCCAAGUCACAAACGACUUGAUUUCUGGCGCUGUCGGAGGAACCGUCGGUACCAUCAUCAACACGCCCAUGGACGUGGUCAAGUCGCGCAUCCAGAACUCGCCAAAGAUCGCCGGCACAGUGCCCAAGUACAACUGGGCAUGGCCUGCUCUCGGCACCGUCGCGAGGGAGGAAGGUUUCGGCGCUCUGUACAAGGGCUUCACUCCCAAGGUGCUGAGACUGGGUCCCGGAGGUGGUAUCCUGCUCGUCGUCUACACGGGCGUCAUGGACUUUUUCCGCAAGAUGCGCGACGGGCAAUGAGUGGUUGGCAGUAGGUAGCUUCAACGAGUCAAGAUUAGCAUGUAGUCUGUAUUUUGCUACGUUUGCUUCGUUCUACGCGUUGAGCUGGCAUAGAUAGCAUCCUUCAUAUGAUUUCAGGGUGUUAUAUGAAUAUUCAGUCUCUGAUGAAAACUUGCGCUCUUUCCAUAUGGCAUCAC